AUGUCUUCCCUCGACAAAGAAUACCUUCUCUCGCUUGCGACCAUAGAUCCAGAGCUCAAGGCGUUUCUUGACAACGCUCAACUUCCGCCUCCUCCCAGUUACGAUGACUUGGAUGCCUUUAAAAAGAUGUCGGCCCUUCGCAGUAUCGAAACCCUGAAGGCGCUUGGUGACCCGCCGCCCGAGAUCAGACAAUCGGAACUCCAAUACCCGACCAGAGACGGCAGCAAGGUACGGGCGAAGCUAUACCAGCCAUCGAACCCAGGAUCAGACCUUCAUCGGCCGCUCAUUGUCAUGUUCCACGGCGGGGGAUUCUGCAUCGGCACGCCAGAAAGCGAAGAGCAAAGCUGCCGGAACUUCGUGCAAGCCUUUGGCGCCGUAUGUAUUUCGGCAACGUACAGGCUAGCUCCGGAAUUCCCAUUUCCGUACGCGGUCAACGACGCCUGGGACGCUAUGAGGUGGGCAGCGGAAAAGGCGACCUCUUGGGGCGCAGACCCAUCUGCUGGGUUCGUGGUCGGAGGCACUUCGGCCGGCGGCAAUCUCUCAGCUAUAAUGGCACACCUGGCCCGCGACGAAGGACUCUCGCCUCCACUCACGGGCCAAUAUCUAGCAAUCCCCACCGUUCUCCCGCCCGCAGUCGUCCCGGAGAAGUACAAAGAGUACUACUUGUCGUACGAGCAGAAUCGACAUAGCCCGGUCCUUCCUGUCGCCGCAAUGGACAUGUUCCUCUCGGGCUAUAAGCCCCAGGAUAACGAUGGCGUGCAGUGGGCAGUCUUCAACCACCCCAAUGGCCAUCGUGGACUACCGCCAGCGCUGUUUCAGAUUGACGGAAUGGAUCCCCUGAGGGAUGAGGCUUUGAUCUACGAACGGGUCCUCAGAGACGAGUGUGGUGUCAAGACGAGGAGUUACGUCUACCCAGGGAUGCCCCAUGGCCACUGGGCUUUCUUUCCGUUCUUGAAGAGCAGCGACAAGUUUCGCGUCGAGCAGAUUGAAGGCAUGGGCUGGCUCCUGGGCAAGAAGCCGGACUUCUCCACAGUGGUCACCAAUGCAAAGCCUGCGAGUGCCUAA